AACCGUGGUCGGCGUCGCUAGUGUGACCACCAAGAUGGCGAAAGGAGCGGAUAAGAAGAAAAAGAAAACGAAAGACGAGAAGGAGAAGGAGAAGGACAAGGAUAAAAUCAAGCUUAAGAGAGGAAAGUCUGGGGACCUGACGGAGGAGACGGGGUUGGAGGUGGAGGUGCCGGUGCCGGCGGCGCAGUCGGAGGAGAACCUGGUGUGCCAGGUGAUGACCGAGCAGCCCGAGGAGGAACCAGUCCCCGAGAGCCUCGACACGUCUCCCGAGGCCACACUCAUCUACUAUGAGGAGCCCGUUCUGACCAAACUGAUCGUGACGAGCUAUGAGGGUGAGACAGUGCGAGGGCUUUAUGAAGGUGUUGGGAUUGCACGUUUCCAAGGAGGUCAUGUGUAUGAAGGUGUAUUUUCAGAAGGUCUGAUGCAUGGGAGAGGUACUUAUGUGUGGGCGAACGGAAUAAAGUAUGAAGGAGAUUUUUCGAUGAAUAUCCCUACAGGCCAUGGCACCUAUACAUGGACUGAUGGCAGCACCUAUGUUGGUGAUGUGCAAGAUGGAAUACGCCAUGGACAGGGGACAUUCAUGAGUGCUGAUCGAUCUAUCUCUUACACUGGAGACUGGUACUAUGGAAAGAGGCACGGAAAGGGAACAAUAUACUAUAAUGAAGAAGGAAGCUCUUGGUACCAAGGUGAUUGGGUAAACAAUGUCAGAGAAGGCUGGGGCACUAGACGGUAUAAGAGUGGAAAUGUGUAUGAGGGAGAAUGGAAGAACUUUACACGCCAUGGAGAAGGCACCAUGAGUUGGAUUUCUACUAAUGAAGAAUACACUGGUCAAUGGGAAAAUGGUAUUCAGCAUGGAUUUGGGACCCACAACUGGUUUCUGAAGAGGAUGUCAGCAACUCAGUAUCCACUAAGAAAUCAAUACAUAGGGCAGUUUGUGAAGGGACUCCGUCAAGGGCAUGGCAAGUUCUUCUAUGCAAGUGGAGCUAUGUACAUUGGUGAAUGGCUGGCAAACAAGAAGCAUGGUUCAGGAACAUUCGUCUUUAAGAAUGGUCGUACUUAUGAGGGAGAAUUUUUGGAAGACCGUAUGGCAGAGUUUCCAAAUUUUUCAAUUGAUGGUAUGAAUACACCAGACCUUAGUACAAUACGUACCCAAUCACCAGUUGAAACUGGAAGUGUGAAAAAAAGUGAAUCAAAUGGUGUCAUUCAGUCAGUUCUGCAACAUAAUGUAGAGCUUAAUAUUGAAUCACUUUUGGAAAAUAUCCCAGUUAAAGACAGAGAACACGAGACUUUUCAGGUGAAGUAUGCUAUUCUUCGACAUUUCACACAACUAAAAAGAAUAUACAGGUUCUACAGUAGUCUGGGACACCAGGAAUCACCGGAUAAUACCUUCUUACUGAGCCAGCUCCAGUUCUGGCGGUUUCUCAAAGACUGCAAGUUUCACCAUUAUGGUUUGAGCCUGGCUAACAUGGACAGAAUCCUUCAUGAACAAUUUACUGUAGCAGAGGAUACUCACUCUCCGUUUGAUACACUACUGCUGGAGAAAUUUCUGAGCUGCAUUGUUAUCCUAGCAUACCACAUUUACCAUAAGGAACAUGAAGGCCGGCAUCCAAUUCUUGAAGCUUGUUUUUCCAAACUAAUGACUGACAAUCUUAUUCCUUAUGCCUGCACUGUUAAUGGGAGUUUAUUUCAACAACAAGAAAGUACCACAAUCGUGCUUGGCUACAUAAAUAAAUGCUGGGAGGUAUACAGAACCUACUGCAAACAAAACCGUAGGCCACCCAACACCAGUAUCAUGACAAUGAGGCACUUCCUGUGGAUGAUCAAGGAUCUAAAUUUAUUGAGCAACCGCUUGACAGCUACUUGCAUUGUAGAGAUCUUGUCUCAGGAUAACCCUGCAGUGUCUGAUGGAACCUACAACAAUAUGGAUAUUGAGAUGGUAUUCUUGGAAUUUUUAGAAGCCCUGCUCUCAUGCACAGAAGUUUAUGUGACUAAAAGAAUGCUUGAAAAUUCAGAAGCAUCCUCCACAAAGUCAAGCGGUGUGAAUAUAACUCUUCUUACAACUACUACGUCAGCUCAGCUGAAACAAGAACCUUUAGACCUGCAGGUCUCUGUCCAAGAACACGUUUCUCCAGAGCCAAAUGGGCAUGGCUUGAAAUCCCUCACAAAGAAACGUGGAGAGGCUAAUGGGGGCUCUUCAAAGAAAUCGGAGCGUAAGAAGAAUAAACCAUCUGCCUCAUCAGCUGAGAAGUCUUCGAAAUCAUCUGCCCAUCAUGAUCAGAUUAAAUCAGCAGCUUUGAGCAAACCCAGCCAGAAGGAAGAAGAGCUAAGCCGGAACGUAUCACCAUUGCUGCAUCCUGUGGCUUCCUCAGCACCAUCUGGAGAUACGCUGAGUGAAAUAAGUGAACACGGGCAGAAACAGAUCGCUAUUAAUUCGGGUCUGGGACCCAGGAAAUGACAGAGAGACACGCAGAAUACACAGGGUUUGGAAUGUGUCCUGGCCUCAGCGAAACGGAACCAUUGAUAACGGCUAUUGUCUCUUGGAGACGGAAUUGUGUAUUGAGUACUAUACUAUUCAUUGAAACCCUUCAGGGGACAAUCAGAGUGGGCUGGUUGAGGGAUUGCAUCAUCCCAACCUGAUUGACAUCUGAGACCCCGUGAGUAAGGAUAAAAGAGGGUCUGGGGAACAACCCCUUUAGACACCAGGAGAAACGCUAGAAAUCCCGUGACAGCGUUUAAUAGCGACAGCCAGUGGGGGGCUCAAGUGUGUCCUUCCUUGCCUGGGUUGGCAGGCUCACCAAGGAAGAACGGUUUAGCUAAAGGAGAGGCCACAAGUGAACGGCCACACCAACGGGACUCCUGUUGGAUCGAAAUCAUAAAAGGAAAGCCAGCAAGUUUUUUCUCCCAAAACUCAUUCUCUCUCCAACCAUUACAACCCAGUGGUCCCCAAAGGCUGCAGCCUGCAUGAACUGAGUGACUUUUAUAUUUCCAUCGGACAAUACAUUAUCCCCUAGACAACGAUAGAGCUUAUUUCUUAUUGAUUAUUAUUAUACCUGCACUUUUAGAUUGAGUAUUGACAAUGAAUGUUAUCUGUAUAUUUGCAUUGAUAUUAUUUUUGUGUAUUUUUACUAAUAAAUACUGUUAAAAAUAGUACCAUCAGACUUCAACGGACCUCUCUAUCUUUGCUGGUAAGUGACCUAGUUAUGGGGUUUUGUAACAGUGUUCCUCCAUUUUGUCUGAGGGAGGGGGGUUUGAGAUUUGAUGAUUUGGUUGUCAUUCUUUUUUGCGUGGGGGGUGAGUUUGAUGUUUCUGAAUGACUUGCAUGUUAUUUUUUUGUUUCGUGGCUAUCUGGAGAAGACAAGUUUCAGAGUUUUAUAUGGAUACAUGUUUUGAUAAUAAAUGAACCUUUGAACUUUUAAUCAAACCAAAUGAUUUUAGCUCACAAAAUAGAUGUGAAACAGUUUCACAAAAUGACAGCCUCCAUUCCCAAGCACAUGGCAAGAACAAAAAUAAUUGGUCUGUCUGCUUCCUCUGUCCUUGAUUCAUUUGAAUUCACUGAUUUAUUGAUAGAGCCGGUUGGUGGCGUAGUAACCAGCUAGAUGGUGGAGCUAGAUAGAUAUCUGAUGGAUAGGGGAAUCAAGGGAUAUGGGGACAAGGCAGGGACUGGGUAUUGAUAGUGAAUAAUCAGCCAUGAUCUCAGAAUGGCGGUGCAGACUCAAGGGGCCGAAUGGUCUACUUCUGCACCUAUUGUCUAUUGUCUAUUGUAACAUCAGCACCGGACUUCGGAGUGAAGGCUCCUGAGUUCGAAUCCAGCUGGCUCCCUUGCUAGCAACUCAGCCUCAUAAAAACAAGAAAGCCUGCUGAAACAAAAAAACACUGUCACAAUGGCGUCCUGAUGACCCCACUCGGAGUUAAGGGCUUCCUUCUUGUGAUGGCACAUGGCCAAGUGGUUAAGGCAUUGUGAUCUAGUGAUCUGAAGGUCGCUAGUUCAAGCCUCAACUAAGGCAGCGUGUUGUGUCCUUGAGCAAGGCACUUAACCACACAUUGCUCUGUGAUGACAAGCUGUAUGGGUCCUAAUGCCCUUACCUUGGACACCAUUGGUGGCGUGGAGAGGGGAGACUUGCAGUGUUGGCGACUGCCGGUCUCCCAUACAACACUGCCGAGGCCUGCGCCCAUGAAACUUUCCAUGGUGCAAAUCCAUGGUCUCUCGAGACUAAUGGAUGCCUAUAGACAAAAGUUCUUUCUGGCCAACAAUAAUAAAUCAGUUUACCAAUUUAAACAUUCACAAUCGCUCUUAUGCACUCAUAGACUUACUUACACACAGUCUUGCUACCCCCUCUAGACUCCUAGACUCCGUGUUUAAAUCUGCAAGUGUCAAUUAAUGUAAAAGCCCGAGCAUUUUUCUCACAGUUCUUAAUCAGUUUGUCACAAAGUAUUUACUUCCAGGAAGUAGAGCUCUUUGAAGCUUGGAAGCUUUAGAGAGGAUGCAGAGGAGAUCUAAGAGGACGCUUGCUGGAUAGGAGAGUAAGUCUUAUGGGAAUAGGUUGAGUGAGCUAAGGCUUUUCACUUUGGAACAAAGAAGGAUGAAAUGUUCUGGCAUGUUGCCCAUUCCUUUUUAGUCCUGAAGAAGCCUUGGCCCGAAAUGUUCAUUUAUGUAGAUGCUGCCUGACCUGCCUGAGAUUCUCCAGCAUUUUGUGACUGUUGCUUAGAGUGAGAGGUGACUUGAUAGAGGUGUAUAAGAUGAUAAGAGGCACAGAUUGAAUGGAUAGCCAGAGUCUUUUUCCCAGGGCGGAAACGACUAAUACAAGGGGAUAUAAUUUUAAGGUGUUCAGAGGACACCAUGCACCCCUCAUAUAAUCUCUUUUCCCUCUUGCCGUCUGGGAAAAGGCUCCAAAGCAUUCGGGCUCUCACAACCAGACUAUUGUGGUGAACUAUGUGCCUGUCUGGACACGCCCCCUGCUGACUGCUCCUGUGGCUCCUCCCACAGGCCCCUGUAUAAAGGCGAUCUGAGGCCUGACGCUCAGCCUCAGUCUCCAGGACAUAGUAUGAUAGACACUCACUCCUGGUUCCUUCUUCCAGUCAAUAAAAGCCGAUAUCUCGCCUUACGUCACAGUGUGAGUUAUUGAUGGUGCAUCAACUAUGUAACAGUUUCUUCCCUCAAGCUAUCAGACUCCUCAAUACCCGAAGCCUGGACUGACGCCUUGCCCUACUGUCCUGUUUAUUAUUUAUUGUAAUGCCUGCACUGUUUUUGUGCACUUUAUGCAGUCCGCUGUAGGUCUGUAGUCUAGUAUAGCUUUCUCUGUGUUUUUUUUUAUUACGUAGUUCAGUCUAGUUUUUUGUACUGUGUCAUGUAACACCAUGGUCCUGAAAAACAUUGUCUCAUUUUUACUAUACACUGUACCAGCAGUUAUGGUCGAAAUGACAAUAAAAGUUGACGACUUGACUUGACUUGAAAGUAUGGGGGUGUUGUCAGAGGUAAGUUUUUUUUUAUACAGAGACUGGUAGGUGUGUGGAAUAUGCUGUCAGGAGUGGUGGUAGAGGCAGAUACAUUAGGGGUAUUUAUGAAACUCUUAGAUAGGUACAUUGAUGAUAGAAAGAUGGAAGGCUAUUUAGGAGGGAAGGGAUAAAUUGAUCUUAAGAGUAGGUUAAAGGCCAGUGUACAUCAUGGGCCAAAGGGCCUGUACUGUGCUGUAGUGUUCUGUGUUCUUAUUAAUUCUUAUCUCCACGAGUAAAUCUGUGAUUUUAUUUUUUGUUUUCAUUAAGGCAAAACAGAAGUUCAGCUACAGGUGCCCAGGCCUGUAGAAUCUUUGGAAGAGAAAGUUCUAACUGUGAAGGUCCCCGGUCUAAAACCUGUGGUCAAGUCAGGGUCUGAGUUGGAAUUCUGGUUGAGUCAAAUC